CUGAAGUAAUAUGUCUCGUUUAGAAGCUAAGAAACCCUCAUUGUGUAAAAGUGAACCACUUACAAGUGAUACAGUCAGAGCCACACUCUCUGUCCUAAAAGGAGUCUUAACAUCUUGCUACGGCCCUUCAGGUAGGCUGAAGCAGCUGCACAACGGCCUGGGAGGUUAUGUGUGCACAACAUCACAGUCCUCAGCCCUGCUCAGUAACCUGUCAGUCACCCAUCCCACAUUAAAGAUCCUGACAACUUCUGUGCAGAAUCAUGUGUCCUGCUUCAGUGACUGUGGCUUAUUUACAGCCAUUCUUUGCUGCAACCUGAUUGAAAAUGCCAAAAAAACAGAUUUGACACCCACCACCGUCAUUAAAUUAAAUAAACAUCUUUUGAGUCUCUGCACUAAUUAUCUCAAGUCAGAGGCCUGUGGUUGUCGAAUUCCAGUUGACUUUAGUAGUACUCAGAUCCUCCUUUGUUUGGUUCGCAGUAUUUUAAGGAGUAAGCCUGCCUGCAUGCUCAUCAGAAAGGAAGUAGAUCACAUCAGUGCUUUGAUCCUGAGAGCCUUCUUGCUUACAAUUCCAGAAAACACAGAAGAACAUAUCAUUUUAGGAAAGAGUAUAAUUGUACCAUUAAAAGGUCAGAAAGUUACAGAUUCUACUGUAUUACCUGGAAUACUUAUUGAAAUGUCUGAAGCUCAAUUAAUGAGGAUGUUACCUAUCAAAAAAUCAAGUGCCCUCAAGGUGGCACUCUUUUGUACAUCUUUAUCUGGAGACUUUUCUGACACUGGAGAGGGAACCCUGGUGGUCAGUUACAGGAUGUCUCUUGAAAAUGCAGCCCUGGACCAGUUGCUUAACCUAGGAAGGCAACUUAUUAGUGACCACGUAGAUCUUGUCCUGUGCCAAAAGGUUAUACACCCAUCUUUGAAACAGUUCCUCAGUAUACAUCACGUUAUUGCCAUAGACAGAGUUGGAGUGGCUUUGAUGGAACCCCUGAGCAAAGUGACAGGAACACAACCUAUUGGUUCCAUAGGCUCCAUAUCUCCUAGUAGUUAUGGAAUUGUGAAAGAAUUCUGCACUGCAAAAUUUGGCUCCAAGCAUUUUUUUCAUCUUAUUCCUAAUGAAGCAACUAUCUGCAGCUUGCUUCUCUGCAACAGAAAUGACACUGCCUGGGAUGAGCUGAAACUCACAUGUCAAGCAGCACUGCACGUCUUGCAGUUAACAAUCAAGGAACCAUGGGCUUUGUUGGGAGGUGGAUGUACAGAAACUCAUUUGGCUGCAUUUAUUAGAUACAAGGCUCGUAAUGAACCAGAAAGCAUUCUCACAGAUGAUGGGUGUACUCAAGCAGAACUUCAACUAGUUGCUGAAGCAUUUUGCAGUGCUCUCGAGUCUCUUGCUGGCUCUUUAGAGCAUGAUGGAGGUGAAAUUGUCACUGAUAUGAAGUAUGGACACUUUUGGUCAGUUCAGGGAGAUUGUCCCUCUGUUGUCAACUGGCCAGAUUUACUUUCACGAUGUGGUUGUGGAUUAUACAGUAGCCAGGAAGAACUCAGCUGGUCUUUCUUACGAAGCUCAUGCCAUCCUUUUGCACCACAAUCCUGCCUUCCACAUGAAACUGUGGGCCCAGCUAGCAAUCUGACUCUGGACUGUUUGACUGCUAAGCUUAGUGGCCUACAGGUGGCUGUAGAGACAGCCAAUUUGAUUUUAGAUCUUUCAUAUGUCAUCGAAGAUAAAAACUGAUAUAAGAGAAUCACAUAUUUAUAUUAUGAGACAAAUAAACUUGUCAGAUAUCAAUUAAGAAAAAUCCCAAAAAAACAAAUGCCAAAUGUCUUCUGUGAUAUAAGGGGGGUGACUCAAAAUGGGGUAGGGAGGAAGAGCAUGAGAAGAAAAUUACCUCCAGAUAGGGAAAAGAGGUGGGAGGGAAAGGGAGGGGAAAGGGAAUUGCAUGGAAGAUGGAAGGAGACCCUCAUGGUUAUAAAAAUACAUGUAUGACGAUGUGAGAAAAAAAAAAAGAAUUGUGUCAUAUUCGAUUGGGUAGAGAGAAAUGAUGGGAGGGGAGGGGAGGGGAAGGGGGGAAAGGAAGGACAGCAGAAUAAAAUAGACAUUAUUAUUGCUGUGUGUAUAUAUGUGACUACAUGACCAAUAUGAUUCUGCAACCUGUACACUCAGAAAAAUGAGAAAUUAUAUCCCAUCUGAUUCAAAUGUAUGAUAUCAAGGUCAUUGUACUGUCAUGUGUAACUAAUUAAAACAAAUAAAACAUUUUUAAAAAUAUAUAAAAAAACAAAACAAAAAACAACAAAAAAAAUUGCCAAACAAAAAAGAAAAAUAGUGAGUGGAUUGUUCUCUAAAGGCCUGUUCUGUAUAUAUAGACAAAUGACUCAUAAAAUUAUAGACAUACUUACUUAAGGUAUGAUUCUUGAUUAGAAAUAUCACAGAAUAAUAACAAUCUUAAGCAUUAUUAAAGAUGUUGUAGUAAUCUUAGGGAUUCCACAGGGACUACUGUACAUUGUUCCAAAUUUUUAUUAUUAUUGUUUUAACAUCAUUCUAAGAACAUACAGAAAUAAAAAAAAUUCCUAAUUCUUGUUA